GCGUCGCAGUCGUAUAGUUCAGUCGUAAAAAUGCGCCUCUACGUUUCAUUGCUACUCUGGGUUUUUUAUCGGUCGGUAGUAGCUGAAAACCUGUGCGAAGAUAUAACUGGAACAGAUUUAGUGUUUAAAUGUGGUGGAUGCCGCGACAUUGUUUUGUGCCUUGGUAACACGUUCUACGAUUCGGAAUCCUGCAAUGAAAAGUACUGCCAUUAUGAUGCCGACUCCGAAAUGGCCGAUUGUUUGCCGGCUGUUCCAGUGGGCUGCGAAGAUGGAACCACAACAAUCGAGCCUCCUGAAACUACAACCGCACUGAUAACGACGACAACCGAUGAAACAACAACAGUAGAAAUUACAACAACAACAACAACAGAAGCACCAACUACAACUUCUCUUCCGAUCACCACAACAACGCGUUCAUCCUCGGAAGCAGCCAUUCUGUGCACCGGCAUCGGUAUCUACCCUGAUCCGUACAACUGCAAUCGGUAUCACUACUGCCCUGCAGCUGGACAGCAAUCCUGGGAUCAGCUGUGUCCUCCAAACUACAGCUUCGCCUAUAAAUCGGAACUCCUGUCCGGCACAUUCCCCUGUAAGCUCAUCACCUUAGCUUCGGACUGCACCCGGAUAGACUGCGCUUCGACGUCGAUCUUCAAGCCAUUCGCAAGCUCCAAGCUGCAUUAUGCCUAUUGUUACACGACAUCUCCAAAAUCUGAGGUUUCCGUGUUCAAAUGCAGCGAGGGAGCAACAUUCGAUGGAUCGACAUGUGUUUACAACUGUCUCUGUGAGGGAUUGUUUACCAACACGGUGGCUCCUACGACCUACUACCAGUGCUAUUACUCCGGCUCACGGCUUGUGUCGAAAUUGGUUAACUGUCCAACGGGGAAAAACUUCGUCGAAAGUUUGAAAACCUGCAUUUGAACCUGUUCUGAAACAUGUAAUUUAAUACGCAAAUCAAUAAAACAUUCAUAAACUGUUAUGUUCUUAAAUCGCAUUGAAAAUUAAAAAGACUAAAAAUAUAUACCUAACACCAAAUCGACGAUUACAA